GGAGGAAAAUCUGAGGAACAUUCUGGGCGUGUUUUAAUGGCUUCCCAGAAAGGAUGAUAUUCUGCAGGUGUGAUGUCGAUGAACUGGUGUGUUCUUAAGAGUGGCCUUCAGAAUUGGUAGGAGACAGAGUGGGGAGGAGAAGGCGGUGAAGACUGUACACGAGGAAGGAGGUAGAAUCAUGCAGGAAACUUCUCGUUCUUCCUGAGCUGGCUGGGGCACACCCUUUGGGUGGCACACCCCUCUCUGGAGUCCAGCUCAGCCCACGAACUACUGGGAGGAAAGCCAGGGCCUAAGACUUCCCUUUGAGGAGUGCAUGCAGUCGUUCCGUGUGUGCCCAGCCACCUCGUGAAGAAAAGCUGAAAUCUUAGCUCUAAGAUUUGUGUGUUUGGUUAAUGACCCGGGAACAGACUGAGUUCAUGGAGCUCCAUCACAUGGUUGAAGACAACCAAGUGGCCCACCCUCAGGACCCCCACCACCCAUCGGAGAAGCCUGUCAUUCACUGCCAUAAAUGUGGGGAGCCGUGCAAGGGUGAAGUACUUCGGGUCCAGACCAAACAUUUCCACAUCAAAUGUUUCACCUGCAAAGUGUGCGGCUGUGACCUGGCACAAGGGGGCUUCUUCAUAAAGAACGGGGAGUAUCUCUGCACCCUGGACUACCAGAGGAUGUAUGGGACACGCUGCCACGGCUGUGGGGAGUUCGUGGAAGGAGAAGUGGUGACUGCCCUGGGCAAGACUUAUCAUCCCAACUGCUUUGCCUGUACCAUCUGCAAGCGCCCGUUUCCACCGGGAGACCGAGUCACGUUCAAUGGGAGAGACUGCCUUUGCCAACUGUGCGCACAGCCGAUGUCGUCCAGCCCUAAAGAAGCCACCUGCUCCAGCAGCUGUGCCGGCUGCGGAAGGGACAUCAAGAACGGGCAGGCCCUCCUGGCCCUGGACAAGCAGUGGCAUUUGGGAUGUUUCAAGUGCAAGUCCUGCGGGAAGGUCCUCACCGGGGAGUACAUCAGCAAGGAUGGCGCUCCGUACUGUGAAAAGGACUACCAGGGGCUCUUCGGGGUGAAAUGCGAAGCCUGUCACCAGUUUAUCACAGGGAAAGUCCUGGAGGCAGGUGACAAACAUUACCACCCCAGCUGUGCACGAUGCAGCAGAUGCAAUCAGAUGUUCACAGAAGGAGAGGAAAUGUAUCUUCAAGGUUCCACCGUUUGGCAUCCCGACUGUAAGCAGUCUACCAAGACUGAGGAAAAGCUGCGGCCUACCAGGACUUCCUCUGAAAGCAUUUAUUCCAGACCAGGCUCCAGUAUCCCUGGUUCCCCAGGUCAUACUAUCUAUGCAAAAGUGGACAAUGAAAUCCUGGAUUAUAAGGAUUUAGCAGCCAUUCCCAAGGUCAAGGCGAUUUAUGAUAUUGAACGUCCAGAUCUUAUUACCUAUGAGCCUUUUUACACUUCGGGCUAUGAUGACAAACAGGAGAGGCAGAGCCUGGGAGAGUCUCCAAGGACUUUGUCUCCCACUCCAUCAGCAGAAGGCUACCAGGACUCUCGGGACCGGGUGAUCCAUCGAUCCACCAGCCAGGGCUCCAUCAGCUCCCCGGUCUAUAGCCGCCACAGCUAUGCUCCAACCACAUCUCGCUCUCCCCAGCAUUUUCACAGACCUGGCAAUGAGCCGUCCAGCGGCCGGAACUCCCCUCUCCCUUACCGGCCAGACAGUCGUCCUCUCACUCCAACCUAUGCCCAGGCCCCUAAACAUUUCCAUGUUCCAGAUCAAGGGAUCAACAUUUACCGAAAACCACCCAUCUACAAACAGCAUGAUGCAGCUGCCUUGGCAGCCCAGAGCAAGUCUUCAGAAGAUAUCAUCAAGUUUUCCAAGUUCCCAGCAGCCCAGGCUCCAGACCCCAGCGAGAUACCAAAGAUUGAGACGGACCACUGGCCUGGUCCCCCCUCACUUGCCGCCGUAGGAGCCGACAUGAGACGCAGAUCUAGUGGCAGAGAGGAAGAUGAGGAGGAGCUUCUGAGGCGCCGGCAGCUGCAAGAAGAGCAAUUAAUGAAGCUCAACUCAGGCCUGGGGCAGCUGAUACUGAAAGAGGAGAUGGAGAAGGAGAGCCGGGAGAGGUCGUCCCUGACAGCCAGUCGCUAUGAUUCUCCCAUCAACUCAGCUUCACAUGUUCUAUCAUCUAAAACCUCAUCUCUCCCAGGCUAUGGAAAAAAUGGGCUUCAUCGGCCUGUUUCCACAGACUUCGCUCAGUAUAACAGCUACGGGGACGUCAGUGGGGGAGUGCGAGACUACCAGACUCUCCCAGAUGGCCACAUGUCUGGGACGAGAAUGGAUCGAGGGGUGUCCAUGCCCAACAUGUUGGAACCAAAGAUAUUUCCAUAUGAAAUGCUGAUGGUGACCAACAGAGGGCGCAACAAAAUCCUAAGAGAUGUGGACAGAACCAGGCUGGAGCGCCACUUAGCCCCAGAAGUGUUUCGGGAAAUCUUUGGAAUGUCCAUACAGGAAUUUGACAAGUUACCUCUUUGGAGACGCAACGACAUGAAGAAGAAAGCAAAACUGUUCUAAGCCCACCCCCCCACACACACCCCGCUGUGUAGACAGCAGUUAGGAAAGAGACUGAUGUGGCGGCGACACAUAGGAUGUUGUGUUAAGGCCCAAACUUGAUUGGAGAAUUUGCAAACUACUGUCCCUCAACAACAACAAAACGGGAAACCUGAUUAAAACACCCAUAAGCCAAAUAUUGGGCCAACCACUGGCAACACUUGCCAAGAAGUAACGGGGUCGAAAUUUCUGUGUUCCCCACACUCGACAGUAGUGUUCACAUGUGACCUUUUGACAUUACCUUAUGUACACAACAGGAGCUACUUCUUUCAUUUCCUUUAUUGUCUAACCAGAGUGCUGACCGUAUGGGUAAGAGCCAGCAAGUGCCCUUAGGAUGCCUCCUGGAAAAAAGCAGCUGUAAUCAUUCCGAAGUAGGAAUAUAUUUAUUAUGUAGCACCAUGGCUAAGAAGGAAGAGCCUGAGGGACAUAGCCAUGCGGUCACACCACUUUGCACACCUCUGUCCUCACUGGCCCCAUGAAGCCCAGCCUGGGCCCCAGCAGGAUAGAAAUCAGAGUCGGGGAACUGGGCAGCUCUGAGUGAGUGGGCUGAAUAGCAGCCAAGGUCAUUUUUAACAAGCUCCUUUUCCUCUACUCUUUGCUAGGACCUGGUUGGCAAAUUACUUAGCUAUUACUAAAAAAAAAAAAAAAGAGAGAGAGAGAAAGAAAAGGAAUGAAAGGAAUAUCUCCCUUAAUCCUUUUUCUGCAGUAGAUUGUAUGCUUCAUUCUGCCUCCCCACCACUGCAGGCCCCCGCUGCAAAGAAAGGAAAGGGAGAAAUUAUCUCCAUUUGUGUGCUGUUAGAUGAUUUUUGUCCCAGGGCCACAGCACUCUUGGCAAAAAAAAAAAAAAAAAAAAAAAAGAAAGAAAAAAAAAUUCUGUGUCCCGCCAAUGCAAGUUCUUCUACCCUGCAUCCUCUGCUUUUCAUCCAGUGUCCUCUGAAUCUGAUCAAGCCCACAUGGAUUUUGGAUUUUUUUUUUUUUUUUUGAGGUCUUUUCAGUAGUAGGCUAAGGAAAGGCACGCUUUGCUCUUGGAAAUCUCUGCAACUCCAGGGUAUAUUGCCUCAGAUUGAUUUCAUUUGGCCUUUUCAGCUUUCCUUCUUGCCUAGCUCUGUUGACUUCACUGUGUGUGUGUGUGUGUGUAAGUGUGUGUAAGUGAACGCACCCAGCGUAGUUUGGGGAGUCUGCAUGUUCUUUUAUAUUUCACCUCUGCUGGAAUGUUUGUCCCGCUGUGCUGCAGCUUCUGAGGGACGUUUGCACACGUGCACAUGACUCAGAGGUUGGGGUUGAGGCUACACCGCACACGGCAGCAUCCUCUGUGGAAGGGUGUCCGUGUCAGAAGCCAGCAUCCCCUGUGAUUCAUGUAGCUCGGGUCAGCACAGUGAAGAGCCCAGACCUCAGAUCAGGCUGUACACGGACAUCGGAGUGUCACACCGGAGUCCGAAAAUUCAGCAACACCAGAUUCGAAGGGGAGCCUAGGAUUUCACCGAAACUCGCAUGUGAGACCCCAUUGUGAUUCCUGGACGCCUCUGGCCGUGACUCAAGUGAGCGGUGAGGUGGACAAGGGAGGGUAUCUCCAUCCAGCUCCACACGUGGGUGGUUUUCACAUUUAUUCUCGUGCUUUGGGGGCUCUGCCUAGGAAUUUAAACUGUGUUUUAAAGCCAAAGGAGAAAUUGUUUGAAUUCUCUUCAUAUGCCGCUUCUAAUUAAAGGUCAGAAAUUCUUCCUGCUGCCACCAAAUAUUCGAAUUAGUUAGUAGCCAAUCUCCAUGGUAAAAAGCAAGUAAAAAUCAUUUCGGAGCCUGUGCUGCAGACCUCUAGCUUGGGACCUACUCUGUCACCUGGGUGCUCUGAUGGGCUCUCUGAGGGCUUUAUGCCUCCCCUGUGCUCUUCCCGAAGGGCUUGGAAACGGCCUGUCCUUUCAGUGCUGCACACUGACUGUUUGAGGACCGCUCUCACAAAUACGAGCAUGCAUGUGUGCACGUGUGGAUGUGUGUGUGGAUGUGUGUGUUGAACUUACUAACAUAUUUUGCAAAUGAUUCUGAUGGAGCAGACAUGAGACGACCAGCUCCUCCUUGGGCUGAAGCCCCUAGAUUGCACCUUGCAGUUCGGUGCCUUCAGUGGCCUCUUGCUUUAAUUCAGUACUUCUGCUGUUCCGUCUUCGCUCUGAUCUCUCUGGCAGCGGCAGCCUCAGUAUAAUGCCUGCAUAUCCUAGUUCUUACUUUGCUCUGGCAAAGUGUGAGGAGUGGGGACCAUGGUGCGUUCCCAGUAAUCAACAAUGAGGAUAGCCAGAUGGGUCCCAGUGCUAGGCUGGUGCAGAGAAUUUGUUCAUUACGGGGAUCAUAAAGGACCAUCAGUGUUGUCGUUGGUUAACGAGUUAUGACCCAUGCACAUGCCGAGCAAAUGUCAGUGUGAGAAAAAUUGCAAUGAUAGUUAAAGAUCUGGACCCAAAACCUGCUCCCACCGACGAAACUCUACUUUUCUCAUCUCUUUUGAAUUCAGUUCUGCAUCCAACUUGGGGGCGGAGGAUGGGAAGCUUCUUUCCAUAUCAAGUGUAUUAGCUAAUUUAAAACUAUACCAUGCAAAAAAAAAAAAAAAAAAAAAAGCAUUACCAGAAAAUGUCAGUAGCCUCCUGUUGCAAGCAGCCCGGUGCUAUGCUCUGGGGAGGGGUCAUGGGAAACCAUAAUGUGGACUGGGUUCCCUGGCUCCACUCCCAGCAGGAGGCUCCAGCUGGAGGGAUGGGUCAUGGGGCAACCUAGUUCUCCUAACUGCCAAAUCUAAUAUAUGGCUAUGAUGGCCUAUCCAUUUUUUUUUUUUUUAACUGGACUCAGCAUGCUUGUCCUCAAAAUGUCCAGGCCCCUGUAUAGGAGAUCAGGGUUUUCUGCUUGAACCCCACUCUGCACUGCACAUAAAAAUUCCAGUUUUUUAAUGCAGUCCAAGGAACAAGAUUAUUCACUCUGGGGGAGGACUUCUACACGUGGCAAACUUUCCUGGUCCAUACCCCAAGGGCUAUAUUUUUGAGCACUGGGCUUAUUUGUGAUUGUUUAAACACACAACACCUGCAUGAAGCAAAAGAGGCCUCUGACAACGUGAAAGUCACUGCUUCCUUUAUAGUUUCUUCUACAAGAGCCAGGAUACCAUUUAUUCUUCCCGUGUGGUUUAAGAUGAGACCUAAAGAGCAUUUGAGAACUUGUAGAACCAGCUAUGCAUCUAUAUUUUGGUUUGCGUUAGUUAUGAAAUGUCCUUAAUGUGACUUCUUUGGUAACUAAAGAUAAACUGCCUGUUCUCUGAAACCUCCCGAAACGGAAAAGCCAGGGUUAGUGGGUCGUACGGUGCAUACUCCCUCUGCCGCUCUCAUCCUCUCAACCUGGGGAUGGCCGUCAACUCUACUUCGAGAAGUCUUGCUGGAAAUAUUUAUAAAACUUUCCCCUAAUUUCUUUACACUUUAAAGCAAACACCUUUUUCUAAAGAAUUGCUUCUCGGAUGAUUAUAUAAAAUAUAUAUGCUUUUGCAAGUUAAAAAAAAAUGGAAUCAACCACUUUUGACUAGGUAGGUCUUUCUAAAAAUUCUUUCAAAAAGCUUGGUGUUAGUGUUCUGUGCGUGGAAGGGGCAGGCGAGCCCUCUCUCUGACUGUCAGGAAAGAUGGUGGAAGGACGUGAACGCCAUGUAACACACCCCCCUGCCCCCGUGUCGUCUGAGGCAAGCUCUGUUUUUACAAAUCACCUCUUCUAUGUUACUGGUGACUGUUUAAUCUACACUUCCUAGGCCAGCCUUGACCUGACUUGAUCUUUAAAAUUAUUUUCUUUUGACAAACCAAGUGUUUGUGAAUAAACCCUACAACUCACUCAUUAUACUCCCUUUUGAAGAAUGUUCUCUUCAGAAAAAGAGAUUAUUUCAGGCUUAAGAUUUGCUGUGACACCACCUUAUAGUGAUAAUGCACAUUAAGGAAACUAGGCAAAUAUAUAAUGAAAGAGAAACAUUUACUUUGGUUUAAAAAAAAAAAAAACACACACAAAAUCGCUCUUUCCAUUUGCCGCCCGGGCAGCCAUGAGGAGAUGGUGAUUGAUGUGCUCUGCAUAUGGAUUUUUGUGUUUUUAUUUGGGUGAGUUUAAUUUACAGCAGACUCCAAAGGAAAGGGGGAAGUGGUCCAUUUCAGCUGAAAGAAAUUUAUAAACAGUAUAUGUAAACAGCAAAAUUAAACAAAUGCAACAUUUUCUGAUGGUUGGUGUAAUGGACUGGCAAUUGUUAUCAUGAAAUAAAAUUCUUCCCAAAAGUGUCUCUCUCGAGAGUGCAGAUCCCACAAGUCACUUUCGGAGCCCAUUCACCAAAGGUAGCAGAAGACAAUACUAUACCCACUACCAUUCAGAAAGGUAGUGAGCCACUUAAUGAUUGUAUAUGCCUGUCUCACCCCAUGGAAGAGAAAACAGUCGUCCACAAUCUUGAUGUUCUUUUGGGUUCUGUGUCCAGACCCGUCCAGUAAUAAAUGUGUGUGGCAUCUGUGAGUUGCUGACAAUCCAAA